AUGCAGAGAUUAUAUCUUAGGAUAUUUAACGAAAUAGGAAGAAAACGAUUUUCUACAGAAGUAUCAGCAGCUGCCACAAAGGAAAAUGUUAAAGCAGAAACGCUUACUGAUCUUUUUGGGAGGAACCACACCUAUCUUAGAAUUUCUUUAACAGAAAAGUGCAAUUUAAGAUGUCAGUACUGUAUGCCAGCAGAAGGUGUAAAGCUUUCAGAAAAAUCUAAGCUGCUGACCACAGAUGAGGUGUUAAAAGUAGCUGAUCUUUUUGUUAGAGAAGGAGUUAACAAAAUAAGGUUAACUGGUGGAGAGCCUACUAUUAGGAAGGAUCUAAGGGAUAUAAUCUAUAAUCUAAAAAAACUCGAAGGCCUAGAAGUGGUUGCUAUGACUACCAACGGAUUAGUAUUAACAAAACAGUUGGUAGCCUUACAAAAAGCUGGACUGGACAUCUUAAACAUCAGUUUGGACACCCUCAAGCCAGAGCGAUAUGAGGUUAUGGCUCGUAGAAAGGGAUGGCAAAGAGUGAUGAUGGGUAUUGAUCUUGCGUUACAACUUGGUUAUAAUCCUGUCAAAGUCAACUGUGUAGUCAUGAAAAAUUUCAAUGAUGAUGAAAUUUUGGAUUUUGUGGAACUCACCAAAGACAAGAAUGUCGAUGUUAGGUUUAUAGAAUACAUGCCAUUUUCAGGAAAUAAAUGGGAAGUGGACAAAAUGAUUUCUUACAAAGAUAUGGUUAGUAGGAUACGCAGGAAAUGGUCUGAUUUUUCCCCGCUUGUUAAUGGACCUAAUGACACCUCAAAAGCAUGGAAAGUUCCCGGUUUCCAAGGGCAAGUAGGAUUUAUCACGUCUAUGAGUGAACAUUUUUGCGGAUCCUGCAAUAGACUUAGAAUAACAGCAGACGGAAACUUGAAAGUCUGUCUUUUCGGAAACACUGAAGUGUCCUUAAGAGACGCAAUCAGAAGUAAAUGUUCCGACGAUGAUUUGACCGCUCUCGUUAGUGCAGCUGUAAAAAGGAAGAAAAAGCAACAUGCAGGCACAACCAACACAUCCAGCAGAUUCGACAUGAACAUUACUCCAAAUUUAUCCAAAAAUCUUUCUCAUCUUUUUCCAAAAUCCUCAGCUCUUUCCUUCCUAAGACACUAUUCAUCCCAACAAAACACUCAAGAACUAACCCAUGUUGAUGAGGAGGGAAAAGCGCACAUGGUCGACGUGGCUGAUAAAAAUGUAACUAAGCGCGCCGCAUCUGCCAUAGCUAUAGUUAAAGUAGGUCCUCGCAUCACUCAACUUAUUUUAGAAAAUGCCAUAAAGAAAGGAGACGUCCUCACAAUUGCCGAAAUAGCAGGUAUUACUGGAGCCAAAAAAACUUCAGAAAUCAUCCCUCUCUGUCAUAAUAUUGGUCUCUCUUGCGUUAAAGUUCGAGCCCGUUUGAACAAAGAACAAGAAACCGUCGAGAUACAAGCUCAAGUUCUAUGCGAAGGAAAAACCGGAGUGGAAAUGGAAGCUUUGACGGCUGUCAGUGUAGCUGCGUUAACUGUUUAUGAUAUGUGCAAAGCUGUUAGUAAGAGUAUUGUUAUAUCUGAUAUACAUCUUUUGAGUAAAAAGGGUGGUAAGAGUGGAGAUUAUGGUUCUGAAGAGUUUCAUUUGAGGGAAUACAACAGAAGGCCAACUACCGGAAUUUUUUCUCCCCAAGUUGGGCUCGUCUAA